AUGGAUAUCGCGCCGGGGGCGACUGCGAUGGUAGCCGGAUCAAGGGCUCUACAAGUCUUGAAUCCGGAGUUGCGUGAAGUGGUCCUCAACAGUCGUAUUGAGUACGCACACCACGCGUUCCAGUGGAUGUCAACGGCCCGUAGUACUCGACUUGGUCACCUCAUCGAAACCGAGGACCGCGAGAUGCCGCUAGAUACGCUUCCACCGUGGACGGAGGAUGAGAUCUGCAUCUAUCCUAUGGUCUGGACCAAUCCGAUGACUGGUGAGAAGUCACUGCAGAUCCACGGCCAAGGUGCAUUCAACCUAUCUGAGAAACAAACCCGAUGGUGA